AUGGAGAAUUCGGCUGCCGUGGAGUUAACGGUCGGCGGAGAUUGGGGGCUGCCGGAAGGUACACGUGUGCGCCGGAGAUUGGUUCAGUCGACAUUGUUUCCUCACAAGUCUCAGGAUAAUGGGAAAGAGAGCGUGGUUAAAGAAGAGGAAAAUUGUGGUGGGGAGGACGAUCAGGAGGAAGAGGAAGAGGAAGAGGAAGAGGAAGAGGAAGAAGAGUACUGUGGGAGUCAAAGUGAUAAGAAGAAGAGAAAGCGAAAAUCGAAGCCAAAGGCAAAGAAAACUCCUCAAUCGCGUGCUCCCAAGAAGUACAUAAGAUUCCCAAUUUUUGAGGGGUGCUCGGGGUGGGGAAUUAGAGUUACCAAAUUGCCAAUUUGCCUUAUGAAGCAUCAGUUGGUGGUGGCUGGCCAUCUGCCCUUUUUAGUUGCCUUCCAAGCUGGGUUUCGAGAUGACAUUUUCAUUGGCCAGACAUUGUAA